ACCACCAUAUCCGAACAUCCAUCCACGGGCGUAAACCAAACGUCUCUCUGUUAAACUCCCUCAAUAGUGUGAGUUUCCCCGGCGAGGACCGACUGAGUCGCGCGAGUGUCGAUUGGUGUCGAUUCCCGUGCGAUCUGCGAUACAUGAUACAACAAGUAUCGUCAAACUCCGGAGAGACCAAGAGACAACCAAAUCCGCAACAGUGUUCACAGGAAUAAUAAAGAGAAAUACAUAAGGAAAUCCAUCAAAACAACAAGUGCGGAUUUCUCUGAUCGAACUAUUUACAAUCAAUCCAUCGUGAUCCGUUGAAGCUGAACAAUGUGUCUACCAUUGUCAUUGUGGAUGACUUAGUGAGACAAUUUAUCAGUAAAAAGUGAAUAAAAAGAAAGAACACGUAAGAAAUAUCGUGAAAUCACACGUGAAAAUAGUAAAUAAGAGAACACGACAAAAUGUCACAAAGAGAGUGCGCGAGUUUACAAAUAAAAAAAAGAAGAGGUGAGGUGUGAUUAAUUUCCAUGAGUAUUUUUUAUUUUACUUUGUCCAUUACACAGUUCUGUUUGGGUUUGGGAAUUAAGAGGGAAGAGAGUGGUAGUGAGAGGCCGCGGGGGCGGAAAAAUCGAGAGGUGUGUUCUAGCCUCCAACCACCUCCUCCUUUCUAUCAUUUGUGAUUCGCUGAGUGCUGACAGUUUUGUUGAUUCAUUUAUUUAUGGUGAGAGUGAUUAACCACAUUCCCGGGUGACUACUUAUUAUUAUGUUGUGGCCUGUUCUGUGAUUUAAUAUUUAAUCGUUAUUAUUGGUGAGAGGUGAUAAAGGGCUGAUUGAGUGAUUGUGGAACAUUUUCAUUCUGUGGGGAUAAUUGUGGAAUUUGAAGAAUGCCGGGUUUAAUCGCGGUUAGUGAGUUCGUGGAGGAAACCAGGGAGGACUACAAUUCGCCGACUACGUCCACGUUUGUGUCACGAAUGCCACAGUGCAGGCAGACUAUUACUGCACUUGAAGAGACUCUGGAUUUUGACAGGGAGGGCUUGACGAAACUAAAGAAGGCGAUUAAGGCCAUACACAAUUCAGGAAAUGCACACGUGGACAAUGAAGUCUAUCUGGGGAGAGCCCUGGAGAGACUCGGAGAUGCUGCACUCAAGGAGCAGGAACCUGAUAUUGGCGCUGCAUUUCUAAAGUUUGCAGUAGUCACAAAGGAACUGAGUGCACUCAUGAAAACAUUAAUGCAAAAUAUCAACAACAUCGUUAUGUUUCCCCUCGAUUCGGUGUUGAAAGGAGACCUGAGAGGGGUUAAAGGGGACUUGAAGAGGCCAUUCGAAAAAGCGUGGAAGGAUUACGAAGCUAAGUACGCGAAAAUAGAGAAGGAGAAGAAGCAGCAUGCAAAAGAAGCUGGUCUUAUACGAACGGAAGUCACACCUGCUGAGAUUGCAGACGAAAUGGAAAAAGAGAGACGACUGUUUCAAUUACAAAUGUGUGAGUACCUCAUAAAAGUUAAUGAAAUCAAAACGAAAAAGGGGAUUGAGCUGCUCCAACAUCUUGUCGAGUAUUACCACGCACAAACCAACUACUUUCAAGACGGCUUAAAAACUAUCGAGCACUUCGGCUCCUACAUAGCAGACCUCAGCAUUAAGCUCCAAAAGAUCCGUCAGACUCAGGAUGAAGAACGUCGGCGACUCACAGAGCUUCGCAGUCUCCUCAGGAGUUCAGGCUGCGAUAAAGAACUCACCACAAAUGCUUCUGCCGGCUAUUCCCUCCACCAACUUCAAGGGGACAAACAGCACGGCGUAACCCGUUCGGGACAUCUAUUCAAGAAAAGCGAGGGAAAGAUGCGUCGAGUGUGGCAGAAGCGUCGUUGCGCAGUGCAAGCAGAGGGGUACCUGGACAUCUGUCACGCAGAUGAGAACAAGCCCCCCACCCGAGUCAACCUCCUCACCUGCCAAAUAAAACUAGUCCCCGAUGACAAGCGAGGCUUCGACCUCAUCAGCUACAAUCGAACUUACCAUUUCCAAGCGGAGGACGAGACAGACCAGCGAGCUUGGAUGUCAGUCUUGGUGAACUGCAAAGAGAGAGCUCUCCUGAGAGCUUUUGACGCCAGUGGCAAAGCCGACGCAGGCCAGGGAAAUCCCACUCUCGUUGAGCUUCAACAGGCGGUCAUCAGAUGCGUCAUGAGACUCCCUGGAAACGACCAGUGCUGCGACUGCUCGUCACAAAACGACGCCACAUGGCUCUCAACAAACUUUGGGAUAAUCGUCUGCAUCGAGUGCAGCGGGAUCCACAGAGAUCUUGGGGUUCACAUUUCCAGGAUACAGUCAUUAACCCUUGACAAUGUUGGAACUGCACAAUUAUUAUUAGCGAGAUACAUGACUAAUCAAUCUUUUAAUGAAGUUAUGGAGGCGACUCUUCAUCAUAAUUUGAAACCAUCACCGUCCUCCUCGAUGGAGGAGAGAUACGAAUUCAUCAGAGCUAAAUAUGUUGAUAAACGAUACGUCAUGAAUACUUGUGCAGAUGAACGGGAUCUGUUAUCUGAUCUCGAGCAUGCGGUCAAUAAUAGAGACCUUCAACAAUUGCUGCAGGUAUUCGCCGAGAAUGUGGACCUCGCGGCGCCCCUACCGACUUCGGAGGUUGGAGAAACAGCGCUGCAUUUGGCCAUUCUGAGGGAGAUGGGGGGGAGUCUGCAUCUAGUCGAUUUUCUGGUACAAAAUAUGCAGAGUGGAGGGGUUGAUAGAGCAACUGUCGAUGGGGAGACUGCUCUGCAUUUCGCCGCGAGGCAUGACAGGGCUGAAGCGAUGAAGCUACUAUUGAGGGCUGGGGCUGACCCUACGCUGAGGAAUAAGCAGGACAAGACGCCGUCAGAUAUUGCGCAAGAGAUGGGACACCUUGCGUGUAAGGAUUUGUUGAAUCACGCGCUGCAGAAGCAAAAGACCCAGUUCGAUAAUGUGAAUAUCGACUGGAAUUUGUCCCAUGAUGAAGGAUCUACCGAUUUCUCGGAUGAUGAGACAAUUAUUGAGGAUCGAAAUGGAUGCUUAACACCAGAGAAAAAAUCUCGUAGCAGACCGCCCUCCUACGCAGGAGGAGGUGGUUCAGGUCCAGGAGACUCGCCAAUAACUCUCAGAAGUCGAAGUAGUACCUGUGAUAGUCUGCAGAGUGGUUCCUCACCAAAUUCAGUGACAAGUAGACAGCAAAUGCCACCGCCGCCGCCCCCUCAGGCGAGAAAACCCAUGAUAGUGUCGAGUCCAAUGGGACCACCAGACAUGGCGUUAAAUAUUCACGGAUCACUCAAAAAGAGGGUAGCACCACCUCCUCCGCCUGGGACCGGCGGGGGAGGAAUACUGACCGCUCACUAUGGAACUUUACCGACUUCUGUCAGCCUGGCCACCUCUUCACACAGUAGAACUACUAGUGAACCUAUCCUGGCUGGUCAUUCUUUGCACAGUUUGCCACAUUCUUUGAAUACCUUGAAUAGUUUGCAUCAUAAGAGGUCACCUAGCAGUGAUUCAUCAACUGGACAUGGAACUUUGGAUAAAUCAAAUACAUCAACUCUUCAAAGGCCAAGAAAUCCUCCCCCUCCGGCUCCCUCAAUCGCCUCAUCCUCGAGAAUGAGUAAUGGCCGCAGCAGUGAAUCCUUGAGUUCAAUGUGUUCAGAACAUGGAAUUGGUAAUCCCGUACCUCCCCCCAGGAAGCGAAGGGAACGAUCCAGAUUAGAAAGCUACGCCGAGGAGCCCUCAUCUUUGCUCCCCAAUCUGAAUCCGCCCACGUCCUCGAGUUUGAAUGGAUUGCGUCGUUGUCGUGCACUUUACGACUGUGAGGCUGACAACGAGGACGAGCUUUCGUUCCGCGAGGGUGAAAUUAUAAUCGUAACAAACGAACAAACCGACGAUGAUAAUUGGAUGGAAGGAGCCCUGGAACGUGCACCAGAAAGACGAGGAAUGUUUCCGAUAAGUUUUGUACAUAUGCUACAGGAUUAACACGCGGGUAGCCUCAACUCGUUAGCAACAAUUUCUAAUUCACCUAGCACUUUGAGUAUGACCAGUCUCAACAAGAGUAAUGAAAAUUAAUCAACAAAUGUACACUUCAUUAAUCAGACGCAUUCAUAAGUCAAGUGAAAGGGCAAAACGAGACCAGUAGAAUAUGUUUAUUAAUGGGAAUUCUUUCACUUUAUUCGACAUAAGAAGAAAAUAUCUACUAAUUCUCCUUAUUGCCAAAUCAAUUUUCUUAAAAAAAAAGUCUGGCAUUUUCUCUCACGCUCACUCAUUCUGAAUGUAUUUGCCAAUUAAGGCCCCGGUGGAUUAUCUUUCAAACGUGAUCUUGGUUGUUUUUUUUUUAUUUUGAUAAUCUGAAAUAAUCUCCAAUUGCUAUU